AGAAAAUAUAAACCAAAUUUAUAACGACCGUAAAAGCAACGCAGGCAGUAGACCACAUAAAAGCACUCGAUAAGAUAACGAUAAAAUGGCCACCGUAAUCGACGGCAAGGCCGUGGCACAAACAAUCCGAUCUGAAAUCGCCGAUGAAGUGCGUCUCCUCUCUGAAAAAUACGGCAAGGUUCCGGGACUUGCAGUAAUCAUAGUUGGGAGCAGAAAGGACUCGCAAAGCUAUGUCGGAAUGAAGAGAAAAGCAUGCGCUGAAUUGGGAAUCAAAUCCUUUGACAUCGACCUUCCUGAACAAGCUUCCGAGUCUCAAGUAAUCAAGCAUGUCCAUGAUUUGAACGCUAACCCCGAUGUACAUGGUAUAUUGGUUCAACUUCCAUUGCCUAAGCACAUAAAUGAAGAGAAAGUUUUGAGUGAAAUCAGCUUAGGGAAGGAUGUAGAUGGCUUCCAUCCUUUGAACAUUGGCAAGCUUGCGAUGAAAGGCAGAGACCCUCUGUUUCUUCCUUGCACUCCCAAGGCAUGUCUUGAACUGUUAUCACGAAGUGGUGUAAGUAUAAAGGGGAAAAAGGCAGUUGUGGUUGGUAGAAGUAACAUAGUUGGAUUACCAGCUUCAUUGCUGCUUUUGAAAGCAGAUGCUACGGUUACCAUUGUUCAUUCACAUACUAGUGAACCAGAAAGUAUCAUACGUGAAGCAGAUAUUGUUAUUGCAGCAGCAGGACAGGCAAAGAUGAUCAAAGGAAGCUGGAUAAAACCUGGAGCUGCAGUGAUAGAUGUUGGCACAAAUUCUGUUGAUGACCCAACUAGGAAGUCAGGUUACAGGCUUGUUGGAGAUGUAGAUUUUGAGGAAGCAUCUAAAGUUGCUGGUUGGAUUACUCCUGUUCCUGGUGGUGUAGGUCCCAUGACAGUCACAAUGUUGUUGAAGAAUACUUUGGAGGGUGCUAAACGCAACAUUGAGCAAAAUAACUAAUAUUCCUUCAAUUUUAAUAAAAAGGAAUUUACUAUUAAGUAAAAUUUCUUGUGAGAAUCAGUUAUAUCAAUAGUUGAGUUUCUCUACUCAAGUAGAUGAAUGUAUUUUUAUAAAACCGGAAGGAUCUGUGUUGAAACUAGGUAAUAUGUUUUGGUCCAAACAGAUUUUAUUUAUUGUUCAUUAUAUUUCUCCCUGGAAUGUUAAAAUUAUAAUGUAUUUCUAAAACUACAUAAGUUAAUUGAGUCUUUUAAUUA